AUGGAUCUUAACUGGUGCCCCGUUUGCGAACAGCAUAUUCCCCUCGCCUGGGAGUCAAGUCUCUACUGCUCAGACCGCUGCAAAAAGGCUGAUGCCAUGGCCUCACACACAGACCUUGGCUACAAGUACCCCGCCGACCUCCAAGGAUUUCCUCGCCAAAAGUCUGCCUCUUCCUCCCCCAUGUCUUCACCCACCCUGUCUGGCGUCAACUCUUCCAGCCACAACGCCUACCCUUCGCCACCAACUUCGCCCAUGACCAACUACCUCUACAACAAGACCUCCUCCGGUCGUAUCUCGCCUCCUUCCUUCUCUCUCGGUCACCCCGCAGCACACCAUGGAGCUGAAUAUGCUGACUUGCGCCGCAAGUCGGCCACAGGGCCUCAGUACACCAUGACCACGACGACAACAAGCACAGCAACGAACAAGAAGGGCGGUUUCUUCUGGUAG